CUAUGUCCCUCAUGAUUAAACCUCCUACUUGACAUGAAAAUUACACAUAUUUUGAUUGUACCAUGGUUGGUAUGUCUAUGUCCAGUCGGGGGCUGUCAUUAAACAGUCAACGCUUGUGACUGCGCCAUUUUCUACGUAUUUGUGUCAGAGGAAUCUAGGCAUUUAUGUGAUAUUUGCCUUAUUCCGAGGCCUCUGUGUAGGUUUGAAUAUUACAAACAUCAUGCAUUGAUUUCCACGUCAACGCGAUCGCUGAAAGAUCAAAAUGCCACUUCCUAAGCGCAUGGUUGAGCCUGUGCUGGUGUCAAGGAACACUAUACCAGAUGGCUUGACUCUUCCUUCAGAAUUGGAAGCAGCUACAAAUGGAACACUAGCUAAUAUAAUUCGGCAACUAUCAAGCCUUAGCAGGCAUGCUGAAGAUCUCUUUGGUGAACUUGAAAGAGAGGCCCACAAUCUGCAGGAUCGUUCCAACUCAUUACAAGCUCGGAUUGACAGAUUGGCCAUUAAAGUCACACAACUAGACAGUAAUGUAGAAGAAGUUUCACUACAAGACAUUCAUAUGCGGAAAGCAUUUAAAAGCAGUGUUGUUUUUGAUCAACAAGUUGUUUCAAGAGACACAAUGCCCACUGCUAUGCUAGAAACAUAUCAGCAAUGUGACAAACCUCCUCCUCUUCGCAAACUCAAUCCAUACCGUGAUGACGGGAAGGAUGGACUUAAGUUCUAUACUGAUCCUAACUACUUCUUCGAUUUAUGGAGACAAGAAAUGCUAAAGGAUACUGAGCGGAUGAUGCACGACCGUGGGAAGAAGCCUCACCGCCCAAGAAAUGAAGGAGGUGGUGGACGUCACAAGAAACGACCGCGUCAACCUCAUAACACCAGGGAGAGACAAAGGCAGUUAGCUCUAGGUCAGGGAGAGUACCUUAUGCCUCAAAAUGUUGAUUACCGUACACCUCAGCGUGUGCAGCAUCCUGAUGAAGCACUUCUAGUAAUGGAUCCAAGGCCACCAAGGCCUAACAGUAUUGAGAUCAGACGAAGCUAUCCAGAUCAUGGCGAUGGCCAUUACAGCCCUCAACCAUCAAUUCACUCACAGCAAUCACAGUAUGGUCAGACUUCUCAGUAUGGUCAGCCAGCUAACCAGCUUUACUCUCAGACUCAACAAUACGCCCAGCAACAUUUGCAGCAGCAACAGCAGCAACAAUUAGCUCAGCAAAGUCAAAUGAAUUCAACACAACCUCAGCCACCCUUAAGUCCAACUGAUACAUCUCACUACAAGUCAAACUAUCCAGGAAGCUAUGAGGAUUCUGGUUAUUAUGGAACAGACGCAUACCAAAGUCCAAACAGUAGUAUUUAUGGGCGGAGCGCUGCUGCGCGGGCCAACUCUCAGCGACCGUCACAACCCCCGCCUGCCCCACCCAGUGCCAAUAACUCCAGUAACAGCACACCGACGGGUACUUCGGCCACCAACACGCCCACCAGGGGCCGCAGCAUGAGUGCGGGACGCGACACGUUGCCGCCGCCGCCGCCGCCCCCAACAGAGGUGACGUCCAACGGCCCCGCUGUGCUACCGGGUCACCUCCUCAACAGAACCAACUCUGUGAGCCACUCGGGCAGUCGGUCAGGCAGCCCCCACUCUACGCCUACGCCAACUCCGCCCAGGCAGCUUAGCCGGGACGAGACUCCAGAGCCCCUGCACAACGAUAUCCUGCCGCCGCCCCCACCUGUGCCCGACAUGCCCCCGGCCGCGGCGCCGCCUCCACCGCCACCACCACCCCCGCUGCCAUCGGCACUGCCAAACGGCCAGCUGGGCAAAGCCCCUGGCACCACCUCACCCCCCCUCAAUAUCAACGGGGACAUUGGCAAAUCUCCCAAUAAACAGAUUACUUCUUCACCACCUAAAACGUCACCUCCAAAGAUGGGAGAUCAGGUGGCUGCACGCAAGGUUCAUAACAUCGGACCUGUUUGUGAUACUCGCAAUGAUCUUCUUAAAGCUAUCAGAGAUGGUAUCAAACUUCGUAAAGUUGAGAAAAUUGAGCAGAAGGAAGUCGAAAGGGUCAAUGCUCCCCUUGAUGUUGCAUCUAUUCUGGCUCGGCGUGUUGCUGUUGAGUUCUCUGAUUCAGACUCUGCUAGCGACAGCGAAUAUGAUAGCGAUGGCUGGGUUGAACAGGAAACAAGUGCAUGACAUGUCCGUUUUGCUCCGGACGUGUCAUACGCCUCCUAAUGGGUUAUACUUUUAACCAGGAGCCGUAUUGUAAAUUAGACAUGUCCGUUGCAGUUAUAAAGUCAUUGGCCAUGACAGAAGUUACGAAAAUCAUGGGUGUCACAGCCAUUGUCUGCCACUUUAUUUCCUACAUUACUCGUGGAUGUGGGUAAACAUACCUGAUGUAUUUGAUAAUAUUCAAAUAUUACUACUGUACUAUAUGUCAAUUUAGCCCUGUCUUUAGACAUUUGUGCUUCUACCUAAUCAUGAAUGAUUCUUCUUUCCUUCACUGUUGGGAAAAUACUAAUGCUGGUAAUAGUAAUCAUUUCAAAAUUGUGGUACUGAGCCGUUAAGUCAUCAAUAUGACAAAGUACUAAAGUUUAGGUAUAUUAUUUUACAUGAGUGCCAUACAUUCUGUAUGUUUCUUUAGAAAUUCCAUGUUCUUUGAGGUAUUUAAUUGUGUGUAAUUCUUUUUUAGAUUAAACAACGAUUAGUUGUAACAGCAUCAUGAUUAUCCUCAAGUAUUCCAAAUUGUAUGGCUUUUGAUCUCAGAAAGCCAUUUUAUACUGUAGACAUUUCCUUCAGACUCAUUUUGAUAAGUUAUCCUUAUUUUCUCUUGCGUAUGUCCAUGCGGUCUCAAAUUAUUUGCAUUAAUUUGUUACUACUAGCAUUAGAGUUUUCAUUUACUGUAUUGCUCAUCUGGUCUAUCUCACUGCAUAUUACAAUUUUGUAAAGUAUUGUGGAUAUAUCUUUUUAUCAAGCAUUACCAGUUUCUCAAAUAAAAUUUGUCCUUUUCCCUGAACUUUUGUAUAUUGAAGUUACAUUCUAUAUCAACCUCAUGUGUUACACCUUUCACUGAACUAUGCUUUUAUGUAGUAUCAUGUGAGAGGUGUAGCACAUGGGAUUUUGUACAUUUGUAACAAGGGUUUAUUAUUAAGGAGUUGUGUGGUCAUGUGCAUUUAGGGAGAUCUUGUUUGUUGUUAAGGGAACACUGUCUAUUGUAAAUGCUCAGUCUAUUAUAUAUCUACUUCUAAAAAACAAUAAUAUUUCCAAGUAACUAUGGAAUUUGUGUAAAGUUAUAUACUCUUGUGAUAAUUUUAAAAACAUACUGUACAACGUUCUACAUGGUGAAGUCACAUGCUUUGUGAUUAUGUUGUAAUAGGUAUUUUAUAAGUUUCAAACUAUGCUUUACUGAAAGUGCUAAGAUUAUUAUAUUGAUGUGAUCCAAGGGAGCUGUGUUCAUUAUUACUUGUGAGAACGGCUUUAUCCUUGGGUGAAAACCUCUGGUCAGUAUCUUAUUAGUCAAGUAGUUGCAACUCAUAAUCAUAUUGUCAGAGAAACUGUUUUAUUGAUUGUAUUGUUCACCCAGUAUCAGACACUCUAGUGGUUCUGUUGAGAUGUACUGUAAGUCAUUAUUUACACCCAAUUUUAUGUCUUAAACCUCUUGGUAGAAUAGGUAUAUCUUAUCUAUUUAAAGGUGAAAAGUUUUCCUUAUUAAAAAAAAAUUAGUCAGCUUUUUAAUUAUUUUUUUCUGUCUUUUAUGGGUUUGAUAAUGUGGGUGGACAAGCUUACAUGUUAAGAGAUUGAAAUAAAACCUACCAAAAGAACAAGGCCUAUGAAAUAUAUUUAUGCAAAGUUUUGAGAAUUGUAAUUUACUAUUUCCAUUUUGCCGUGAGAGGUGUUUGUGAUUCAAGGGGCGAGUGCUUGUCUGUAGGCCUAUUCAUUUCUGUCCUAAUCACAAUACAUAAAUCUUCUUUUGCAUCUUAACAUUAAAUGAAUGACAGAUGAUGUUUUGAGGGGAGCAGUCUAAAUUUUGGCUUACCCUUUGUAUACAAGCACUGGCAUCAGUCUGUGUUAAUGUUGAUGUAAAGAAACUUAUGGUUGUGUACAUAAUGUGUAAGAAGACUCUCAUUUGCAAACUUACUCGGUACCUUGAUCUUGUCUUAGGUUAUCAUUUUAGUUGGUGCAGAGAAUUCAUUUUGAGUUACCUGGGGAAAGCACAUAACUCACAUAUUCUUUUUAGAGUUUUAUUAGGGUCCAAAGAUUUUGUUUAUUCAAAAUAUUAUUGUGUUCUGUCUACAUUCAGUUACAGCGAAUUAUGUUUUCGUUACAUAGUUGUACCAUUAUUUAUAGCCUUUUAAAAAUGUUUUUAUUAUAUUUUCUAUUCUUAAAUUAUUUAUUCUGUUUUGAAUUGUUUCUAGCCUUGUUGUUGUAAAUCACCUACCCCCCGAGAGGGUUAUUGUUAUGAGUACAAUACUUAAAGGCAAGGAAUCCACAUUUCUGAAAAAUAAUGUAUGCAGACUUUAUGGUAUAGAACCUUGUUGAAUUUCAUAAUUACAUCAAGAGAACUUGCAAGUCUUUUGUUUUGUUUUAAAAUUAAAUGUAAAGCAAUUAAUUAGCCUGACUCCAUGAAAGCUGUGGCCAACAUUCUUUCCUUGGAAUCUUUUAUUAUUUAAUUGGGUUUGGAUAAUUUCUCCAUUUGCCAGAAUGUCUAUCUGCUUCUUAUUAACUCAUUGAGUGCAGGUGAUCUUUAAUCCUUGCAUUUCGGGCUGUGGUCAUACUGUACUCAACAUGUUCAGUGGCAGAUUCAUAUUGCUUUUACAUUAUUGGGUUGAUAUUAGCUUUUAGAAGGACUUAAUACAUUCUGCAUUGAGCAUUUGCAUUACAGCCCGUUUUAUCCUUUAAAAAAAUUCUUUUUUCUACCAUUGAUAGUUGGGAUUUAGAACAAAAUCUAUGGUUAGACUGUAUAUAUUCAACAAACAUUUGUAUAUGAAAUAUAUGUAAUACACUGA